GCCUGAACCGUCGAAUGGCUAACCUUCGUAUACUUAUCGGGUACAUUAAAUCGCCUGAUUUCAACGUGAAUGGUAGUGCAAGUAGAGUUAUGGGCUCUAGUUCUUGUUGAGAACAUGCCACUUGGAAUAGGGAUAUAAAACGACUUGGUUGCAUGCGAUAAGUGAGCAACUUAACACGGAUAUUUUAAGGAAUUCUUUAAGGAAGAGCCCACUUUUGUAGAGACAACCGCUGUUCAUUUAACAAAAUGUACUGAAAUAACUCUUGCCAAUUAUGUAAUAAAUACGAUUAUGUCCUUAUUUCGGAUACCGCAGAAAAGUGUUCUUCAACCUUACAUUUUAAAUAUACAUUAUUUAUAAAAAUAACUACAAGCGACAAGAAUAUACAUAAUACGGUAAAUUUAAUUGCGACAUAGAAUCAGUGAAAGAUGAGGAAUCGCACGUGAAAAGUGAACGUAUUACAUUAUCGUGGGAUACAAGAUAUAUACGUGUUAACUAUGGUCGGUGUUCUCUGGAUACUUGUGUUUGGGCUACUCGUGCACGACACUGCGGCUGCGACGAAGAAACCUCACAUCAUCUUUAUCUUGAUGGACGAUUUAGGCUGGAACGAUGUGUCUUGGAAUAAUCCGGAAGUGGAGAUGCCGACACUGGACAAACUGGCCCGCAAGGGGGUCAUACUGAACUCGAGUUACACGCAACCCACGUGCAGCCCGUCCCGCGGGGCGAUCAUGACAGGCUACUACCCGUACCACAUGGGCAUGCAGAAGGGCAUCGUGGGCCGAUAUCAGCCCAAAAACUUGCCCCUGGAUAAGGAAACCAUGGCAGAGGCGCUCAAGAAGGAAGGGUACGCAACUCACUUCAUCGGAAAGUGGCAUCUGGGGUUUUGUCACUGGAACCACACACCCACGUACCGCGGGUUCGACUCCUUCUACGGGUUCUACAGCGGGGCCCAGGACUACUACACCCACACUUCCUAUGGUGGUCAUGACUUCCGGUUUAACAAAAGUGUGCAUUAUCCGGGCGAAGACAAAUAUUCCACGACUUUGUUUGGUCGCCGAGCAGCAGAAAUUGUAAGCGAGCAUAACUCGUCAAAGCCACUGUUUAUGUUCGUGUCUUUCCAAGGCGUGCACACACCCCUUCAGGUCCCAUUGAAGUUUUCUAAUCGUUUCAAACAUAUCAAAAAUAAAAGCCGGAUGCUUUAUAGCGGAAUGAUAGCGGCCGUGGACGAUGCUGUAGACCGGAUGUUGAAGGCUCUGCGCGCGCAUAAAUUCAUGGAGAAUUUAGUUAUCGUUUUUACGUCUGACAAUGGGGGCGCUUCCUACGUGGCUGGUUCCAACUGGCCCCUGCGCGGAUCCAAGGCGACACUGUGGGAGGGGGGAACCAGAGUGCCCACGUUUGUGUACAGUAAGACGCUCCUGCAGAAACACGGAUAUGUUCACGACGGACUGGUUCACUCUACGGAUUGGAUGCCUACCUUGGUCGGUCUCGCAGGCGGACAGACAAGUCCAUUCCUGGACGGCAAGAACCAAUGGCUGGCCUUCAGUAAGGGCUGGCUGUCCCCGAGGACCGAGUUCGUCUACAAUAUUGACGAGCUGAAACGGUCUGCCGCCAUAAGGGUUGGAGAUUACAAACUCAUAGUAGGCAGUCCCGGUCGCUACAGCAACUGGUACCCGGUCAGGACCAAACCUUCUUGCAACACAAGGGGAGCCAAAGGCGGCUAUAUAUUUGAAGAGAAACAGCUCGAAAAGGCGCGAAAAGCCGAGAUGAAGGCGAACCAGGCAGACAAGGCGUGGUGGUUCUCUUCCCCCGUCAAAUACAUUGGAGGCGUCGCUCGCGUCGCUUACCAGGCGGCGAGAGGAAAUAGGGCGUUCCGGCUUAUAAAUGACUGGUACCAGAAUUACGGGUGCGAUCGUCUGGAUGAAGCGAUAGAGAAGGAGGAUCCUAAACUGCUCAAGGCGAAAGUGCAGCUUUUCAAUAUUAGAGAGGACCCGUACGAAAAGCAUGACAUCGCCAAACGCAGACCCGUGAUACUGAAGAAGAUGAUGAGGAAACUGAAGGCCUUCAAGACAACGCUGGUACCCUCGUACAACCCACCCGCAUCCAAACUCGCCAAUCCGAAGAACUUUGAUGGGAUCUGGUCCCCGGGCUGGUGCUGAGGCGAAAGUCGAAAGUGCCGCGAACGGUUUGCUUAAUGACGUCACGAGGUUCAAUAAGCGACCUCACGAGUUGUCCGGAAUCUAAGUCAUUGCUUUUUACGUACUAUUUUCAAAAUUACUUCAUUCGUCUUUUUUUAGGAAUCGCGUCAUUUAGUGUUAUUGUGUUUCUUUCUUUAGAUUUACGAAAUGGUGCACGUGAUUUUUAAAUGACAUAGAUGCGACGCGCCGUCUAUGUUUGAAGCUACGUCAUCACUGCCGGAAGUUACGUCACAAUUGUGGUCAAGUGACGGACGAUCAGAAUCUACUGAAACACAAUUUUCUCGAAAGUAUAUUGAGAUCUCAUCCAUCCGAAAAAUUCUAGAUCGAAGAAAAGCCAGUACUUUUAAUAUAUCAUGUGUAAAUAUGCGUGUUUACUUGAACAUUAUAGAGCUUGUAACACAUGGUCUGAAAUCACAAACAUAUUUUGAGACGUAAAAAUAAACACUAUUCUUGAAAUUUAAUUGUUAAAACAGCGCUUUAUGUUGAUGUUGGUCCUUUCUUAUUUAGCUUUUCAUAUCCAUGUAAAUGUGUAUACAAGGUUGUUUAUUAACAUCUAAUCAAAAGCAUCUUACACACCUCAUGGUGUUUAACAUAAACUAUUUCUGACAUCAGAGAUGCAAAUGAAAUAUUUAACCUUUAUUGUUUUCUAUGUGCUGCUUUUUAACAAUAAAUGUAUUACUCAGUUUCGUAUCCAGAAGGGAUAAAUAUAAAUUGACACAGAACAA